AUGGCUACCCAUAAACAAGACCCGAUUGUGUUGGUGAUUGAUUUCCACCAUGCACGCGGCCCCGAGAUCGAACACUGUAUCGCCGACGAAGGAACAGACCCGGCUGUCGAAAAUGACUGGUCCCUCUUACCUUUUAUGGCACUUUCUGACGGAGCGCAUCUGUCGACGGAGGAAUUCUCAUACUUUACACUCUGCCGAAAGGAGUCGGAUACAAUCCCUGCCACUUCGUUAUUUGGUAUUUCCUGUUCGAGGCAGCUUGAUUCGAGUCUGCUCAUUAAUCGCCACCCGGAUGUUACGCGGUCGACGGUACAGAAGGCUGUGGUUGUUGUUACGGACACGCCGCAGCGAGUUGGUCAAUUGAGGGAGAAGUUGUCUGUUGUUACUUCUGCUUGGUUUGCGCAACGUGAAUUCUCGGAUAUUGAUAUUCUGAAGAAAUUCCGCGAGGGACUCGUGGUUAGCCUGUUGAAUGAUAAUGGCCCGAAAGACCAAAAUUUGGGUCUGUCGCUCCGCGAGAUGAUUCAUGAAUUCAAAUAUCAGACAUUGGUUCUCUUCAAGGGACUGCUGUUGCAGCCCAAGAUGCUUUUCUUUGGAACGCGUUGUGAACGCUUGUGCAUGAUUCAGUUCUCUCUUAUAUCUUUAAUACCCGGCCUCAUCAAUAGCCUUCAGGACUGUGCGGAUCCGUCCUUUGAUACUUAUUCCAAGACUGUUGAGAAGCCUACAUCUCUCAAGACGAGUGACAGAAGUUCUUUGUUGGCAUAUAUGGGCUUGCCGUUACAGAUUUUUGGAAAGGGAAGCAUGUUUGGCCCUUAUACACCUCUCCAGCUGCUGGAUCUGCUGGCGGAUGAUGGGACAAAGUCCUAUGUGGUGGGCUCUACCAACUCGCUUCUCCUACAGCAGAAGGACCGCUACAGUGAUAUCUUAAUCAAUCUCGACGAAGACAGCAUCGUUAUCAACUCCCCUUCUCUACGCACUGCCCUUGCCCUUUCCGCAGCUGACAGGCGCUGGAUUGACCUACUCACGCAAAUCGUCAAUGACACCUGGGACGAGGAGCACCCUUCACGGCCUAAGACCCUCGGGUUCAUGGGCUCCGAAGAAUUCAUCCGACUUCAAUUCGAAGAAUACCUGCUGGCUUUGUUAUCUUCGAUGAAAUACCACGAGGAGUUGUCCUCAAGCACAGCCGGGGAAUCCACCCGCAGCAGAACCCAAUUACAGAACUACAACAUAGAAGGUGACCCAGCAACCGACUUCAAUAUGGAAUUCCUAACCCAAUGGCAAACAACCUCAAACUACGCCCUGUUCUCCCGUCUCACCUCCGACGCCCUCCUCUUCUCAAUUACCGAGCCCCGCCACCCAAGCGCAGGCGGCCUAACAAUGGAGGAUGUCCAACGCCGCGUUUCCCAACAAGUGGCAGACCUCCACCUAGACGAACGCGUCCGCGAAGGCCGCGAGGCUCUAAACCGCCACUUCUCAACCGGCCAAAAGAAAGUAACAGCAGCCUUCAACAGCUUCUGGUCCGAUAUUGAGUCCAUGCGCGAAGCCCAACGCAAACGCAAUGAAGAGAAAGCCAUUCAAGCACAAGCACAGACACAGACCCAAUCCCAAGGAUCACCCACUUCUCCAACCGCCUCAAUUUCAACCUCAACACUAGACUCGGAGCCCCGCCCCCGUGCUUCAGUCGACAUGACCCAAGCCCAAGCAUCGGUCAGCGCGGCAGGCCAGAAAGCAGGCGCGUAUUUCAGCUCGUGGGGUUCAUGGGCUAGCGAGAAAAGGCGCGAAUGGCAAGACAAACGCAGCGCCUCUCCAAGCCCGAGUCUCAACGCAACCGCAACUUCAAACGCAGCUGCAAAUGCAAACGCAGCCACGAGCCCGAGUGUCACAUCACCCUCCGCAUCGACAUUAUCUGUCGUAACGGAAAUCGCAGAAUCAGACCGUGACCGCGGUCGCCGCCGCUCUGCUCAGCACAAAAGCGAAGGAAGUAUCGAUAGCACCACCGACGGCGGGUUAACGCGCAGCGUUAGCCGCAGGAAACGAUGGAGUAAUAUUCUUCUUCGGCGUGAGAGUGGUGAAUUCAAGAGGGAUGACUCGUCUGCGUCUGAGUCUGCAGAUAUGCCGUUCCCCAAGUCUCCUUUGUCUCAGGGUUUCCCGGCUUAUGGGGAGAGUGGUAAGGAGAAGCAGGCUAAGAAAGAAGAUCGGGGUAGUGGGCCUCAGAUUCAUACGCAGGGGAAGUUUGAGCGGGCUAAUACGGGGACCGUUGAUACGGAUGGUUUCUCGUCUGUUGCGCUUACGCCUAAUAAGGGUCUUGGGUUGGAGUUGGAUCAGGAUCAGGGUCAGAAUGGGGGUUUGAAUCAGAAGGAGAAUAUGCCUCCUGGUGGGGGACAAUCUCGUGAUGAAUCUUUGACUGCUCUUCCUGUUAAGGACGUGUAA